GGCGAUAUUCGUGAGUUUCUUUUUCUACCAUUUUAGAUUCCGAAGCAAAAACUUCUUUCUUUCCCACACUCUUCACUUUCCCUUCAAUUUUCCCACUCAUUAUUUGUCAAAUUUCCGCUUCAAAUAUCUCAAAGAUUCUCGUUUUUUUCCCUCUCUCAUCUUAAUUCGUCGAUAACUCAAAACCGUACUCUUUCAACGGUUAUCCUUUUAGAAGCCGAUCGAAUCUGGUCUUAGUUAAGGUUUUUCUUUGGGGGGGGGGAUUGAAGGAAUGGCUGGGAAAGUCGUUGACGCUCUGUCCGCCAGUUUCUCCGAGUAUGACUUCAUUGAAGGUGAUGAUGAGCAACUUAGAACCGUGGUUUCAGCUUCGAAUCUGAGAAUUCCAAGGAUUGACCCUUCAGUAUUGAAACUUAGGCAUAGAAUUGGGAGGGGGCCUUUUGGCGAUGUUUGGUUAGCAACUUAUCAUCGUUCGACUAACGAAUAUGAUCAUCAGUACCAUGAAGUUGCCAUCAAGAUGCUCUAUCCAGUUAAGCAGGAUGAUAUGAGGACUUUGCUGGAUAAGUUUGAUGAUUUAUAUUCCAAGUGCCAAGGUGUGAAUAAUAUUUGUUCUUUUCAGGGAAUUUCUAUUAUAGGUGGAAAGAUAUGUAUUGUUAUGAAAUUUUAUGAGGGAUCCAUUGGUGAUAAAAUGACUCGCCGUAAGGGAGGAAAGCUUCCGUUGCCUAACAUUUUGAGGUAUGGGAUCAAUUUAGCGCAAGGGAUUUUGGAACUGCACUCACAAGGGAUUUUGGUUCUGAACCUUAAACCUUUUAACUUUCUUCUUAAUGAAACUGACCAAGCUGUUCUAGGGGAUAUUGGUAUUCCAUAUCUACUACUAGGAAUUCGAUUGCCCAGCUCAGAUAUGACACACAGGCUUGGAACCCCCAAUUACAUGGCUCCAGAACAGUGGCAACCAGAAAUAAGAGGUCCAAUAUCAUUUGAGACUGAUUCAUGGGGAUUCGCAUGCAGCAUUGUGGAGAUGCUCACUGGUAUUGUUCCUUGGCAUGGGAAAUCAGCUGAUGAAAUUUAUGACCUGGUUGUCAGAAAACAGGAGAAACCACUUAUUCCUAGUGGUCUUCCCCCUGCAGUUGAGAAAGUUCUUCUUGGCUGCUUCGAGUAUGACUUCAGAAGCCGCCCUUUAAUGAAAGACAUAUUGCAUGUGUUUAAAAGCUCAGAGAAUGGAGGUGAAGAUGAUGGGCGUUGGACAGAUCUUGGGAGCACAAUCGUAUCAGACAGAAAACAUAGCACCACUGGCUACACAGAGUGGUUUCUUUCAAAGGAUCAUUUGCUAGUGGGUGACACAGUGCGUUCCAGAAAGCCAUCUAACUCCUGCAAACCUGAAAAUAUGGAUGUCCCAGAAGGAAAUGUGGUGGGUGUAGAAUAUAGCACCGAUCGAGAUGGUUUUGUUUUGGUGAAGGUUCAUGGCAUUCACGACCCGUUAAGAGUUAAUGUUUCGACACUGGAGAGGGUUACUUUUGGCUUAGCAGCUGGGGACUGGGUACGUUUGAAGGAGGAAGACAAAAGGCACUCGCCAGUGGGUAUUCUUCAUUCCAUUGACCGUGAUGGAAAUGUUGCUGUUGGGUUCAUAGGAUUAGAAACUCUUUGGAAGGGAAGUUCUUCACAAUUUCAGAUGGCGGAAACUUGCUGCAUUGGUCAGUUUGUUAAGCUGAAAUCUAAUGUGCUUAGUCCGCGCUUUGCUUGGCCUCGCAAAGGAGGAGGUAUGUGGGCUACUGGGAAAAUUUGCUGGAUCCUACCAAACGGAUGCCUUGUUGUCAAGUUCCCAGGUAGAUUAACUUUCGGAGAGGAACUCGGUGAUUUUUUGGCUGAUCCAGCUGAAGUGGAAGUGGUUUCCUUUAAGAAUUGUCCAGGAGUGGUGAAAAAGUAUCAACAUCUCGAGGAUUUUCACUGGGCUGUGAGGCCACUCCUGAUUGCAUUGGGUCUAUUUACAGCAAUGAAGAUGGGAUCAUUUGUUGGAAAGAGAAUUGGGAGGUCAAAAGCGAAGCGACUGAGCAGUGUGAUUCAUAAUGAUGUCCAACAUAUGGAUCAUGCAGGCAGUGGCAACCCAGCAUGGCUUCCACCUCCCGUGGCAAAUAUUCUUUUUGGGGAAGGUGCUGCUCGAUAGUUUCCUGGUCCACUCCAUAUACCCAAGAAGCAUCUUCUAACUCUGUUGAUUUACAGUAGGAAACUGUUACAACUAUAAUUGGUUAUUUACUUCAAACUUCUUAUUGUAAACAUCUCAAUCAUCUAUAAUCAUAUUUUAGUGCAUAGUCUCUUUGUUCUGCACA